AUGACUUGGCAAGCAUACGUCGAUAGCAAUUUAAUUGGUGCUGGUUUCAUCAAUGCUCAAAUUCUUUCAGCUGCUGAUGGUUCAAACUGGGCUACUUCAAAAGGUUUCACUGUUAGUGCCACCGAAGCUGCUCACAUUAUCGCUUGUUUCAAAGAUUCCAGCAAAGCCUCAUCAAUGGGUAUUACCAUCAAUGGUGUCAAAAACUUUGUAUUAAAAGCCGACGAUAAAUCAAUUUACGCUAAAAAAGAUACCGGUGGUAUUGUUAUUGUUAAAACCAAUCAAUGUAUUUUAUUUGGUCAAUACGAUUCUGCUCUCCAACCAGGUAGUGCCGCUAAAGCUGUUGAAAGUUUAGGUGAUUAUUUACGUGACUCUGGUUUCUAA